CCACUUCCUGGCUUUUUAAGAACAGGCCAAAACAUGUUAUCUAUUUUACAAGCCCAGAAAAUGUUUCGCAAGGUUUUGAAAAACAAUUUGCCAUCUUGGUGGAGAGAGCAACUGCGUCUGGUCCAAACUCGGGCUAAGGAGGCUGUCAAGGAGUCGGAAAAGUCCACAAAGUUGGGUCCAGAUAGGCCCAAGAUUUCCGUCACACCGAAGGGAUAUAAACCGAAUACCAAGAAUAAGUUUGGGCCGCUGGAUGACUGCGAUCGGGUCUUCCAGAAUCUCUAUGGACGCCACGAUUGGCGGUUGGAGGGAGCCUGCGAGCGUGGAGAUUGGCAUCGCACCGGGGAUCUCCUGGAGCAGGGUCCCGAAUGGAUUAUGGACCAGGUAAGCAAGAGCGGACUGCGUGGACGUGGAGGAGCUGGCUUCUAUGCCGGACUCAAGUGGGAGUUCCUCCGGCAGACCAAGUCCGAAAAGGUACCCAAGGUUGUCAUCGUGAACUGCGCCGAAGGAGAACCGGGAACCUGCAAGGAUCGGGAGAUCUUGCGCCACGAACCGCACAAACUGAUCGAGGGCAUGCUCCUGGUGGGCGUGGCCAUGGGAUGCGGCAGGGCCGUCGUAUACAUCCGGAACCGGUUCUACAACGAGGCUUGCAACCUGCACUUUGCCCUGGCCGAGGCCUAUCAUCAUGGUCUGCUGGGCGAUGAUGCCUGCGGAACAGGCAUCAAGUUCGAUGUGAUGGUCCAGCGAGGAGAUCGGUAUUUAUGUGGCGAGGAGACGGCCAUGAUAAACUGUUUAAUGGGCGAACUGGGCAGACCCCGACGUCGUCCACCUUUUCUCACGGAGAAGGGUUACUUUAAUCACCCCUGCUUGGUGAUCAACGCCGAGUCCAUUGCCGUAGUUCCCACCAUUUUGAGAAGGGGUGCCAAAUGGUGGGCCGGAUUGGGCCGCGGUUACAACACGGGCACCAAGCUCUAUUGCAUCAGCGGUGAGGUUAAUAAUCCCUGCACUGUGGAGGAGGAAAUGUCCAUUCCGCUGAAGGAUCUAAUAGAACGCCAUGCUGGUGGAGUCAAAGGCGGUUGGGAUAAUCUGGCGGCUGUAUUCCCAGGCGGUCUGUCCACACCUCUCUUGAAUCCACCAACUGCCUCGGAGGUUCUCAUGGACUUUGAUUGCCUAAUCUCGGCGGGCAGCGGCUUGGGAUGUGGAUCCGUCAUCGUGAUGAGCAAGGACAGCGAUCCUCUGGCGGUGAUGCUGCGCUCCAUCCAGUUCUUCGAGAAGCACACCUGCAAGCAGUGCACCUAUUGCCGGGAUGGUGCCAUUUGGCUGCCGGAGAUGUUCGCCCGGUUCGUCAAGGGUCAGACUCAUCCCCACGAGAUCGACUGGACACUGGCCAUCGCCGACAAGAUGAGAAACAGCAAACCCAUCUGUGCCCUGGCCUACAGCCAAGUUAGCGUGGCCGAGAGUUUGGUGCGAAUGUUUAGUCAGCAGAUACAGGAACGCAUCCUCAAGUUUGCCAAGGGAUCUUGAUUAAAUUAGCUUUUUAUUUGCAGAUGAAACCUUAAGAAAAUGUUUUAAAUCUUUCAAGUUCCUUUCA